ACCAGUCAGCCGGGCAGACAAAGAGGAGCAGCAUCCUGCUGGAGGACCGCACGCUCCCGGGGGAUGGGGCAUCACACCCCUGCAUCGCGUCGGGGGGGCCGGAGGAGGCACAGGAGAGCCAUUCAGAAGAGUCGGGGGUCAAAGGUGAGAAGAGCAGAGGGCACCAUGGAGAGUGAGCCGGGGGCCUCCGCGGCCAACAGCACCGGCGCCGCCUCCGCCUCCUCCAGCACCACAGCUGCCAGCAGUAGUAGUGCCUCCAACAACACCAACACCACCACCGCCACUACGACCGCCGCCACCACGUCCGGUAGUAGCGGUGGCGGCGGUAACACUCCCAGUAGUGCCAGUGGUAGCACCACAGCAGGAAGACAGACGGUGCCUCAGAUAUCGGUGUACAGCGGGAUACCCGAUCGACAAACAGUGCAGGUGUUCCAGCAGGCGUUGCACAGACCCAACACGGCGGCGCAGUACCUGCAGCAGAUGUACGCCGCGCAGCAGCAGCAUCUGAUGCUGCAGUCCGCCGCCCUCCAGCAGCAGCACAACCUCAGCAACGCUCAGCUGCAGAGCCUGGCCGCCGCGCAGCAGGCGAGUAUCGCAGCUGGCCGGCAAAGCUCUUCACAGAACGGCACUUCCUCCCAGCAAGCGGGAUCGACUCCGGCUACGAUCAACCUGACGACGUCCCCGGCAGCCACACAGCUGAUCAGCCGGGCCCAGAGCAUCGGUUCGACCCCCACCGGCAUUUCCCAUCAGGCAGUUCUGCUGGGCAGCCCAUCCAGCCCCACGUUCACAGCCAGCCAGGCACAGAUGUACCUGCGUGCACAGAUGGCGCAACAGAACAACCUGGUGCAGGUGGCCCGGAGCCUGGGCCGGGCGGUUCCUCUGUCGCCGCAGCUCAUCUUCACUCCGACGGCCACGGUGACGGCCGUCCAGUCAGAGAGCUCCACGCAGACCUCCUCCCAGAAUCAGGUCCAGAACCUGGCCAUCCGUGGCCAGCAGGGGGCGACCACGUCCUCCUCUCAGACUCAGACCCUGCAGGCUCUCAGUCUGAAGCAGAGCCCGGUGCCCAUCCAGCCCGCCUCACUGGUCAAGAGUCCCAGCCAGGUGACGCAGGCCUCCGCGGGGGGGAAGGCCGGCUCCUCCGACGGCCCAUUUGAAGCGGGGAAGAAGGGGAACGGAGCAGCGGUCCCAGAGGUCCGAGCUAUAAACAUGAGCCGCAGCGUCACCGCCGUCAGUGCUCAGCCUCUGAUUGCUCCAGCAUACACGCAGGUCCAGCCCCACUCCCUGGUGCAGCAGCAGCAGUUCGUGGUCCACCAGAGUCCGGCCUCCCCGAGGGCCGCGGGCCAGCUGCUGCAGACCGCCUCCAUUCAACCGUUGCAGCACCCGGUGCCCGUUCUGACCAAACCGGCGCCGCACCAGCCCUCCAUGCCCAGCCAGCAGGCCACCAUCUUCCACUCCACCGUCAGCCCCCACGGCGUCCACUCCUGCCUCAACCACGCCAAAGCUCAGCCCGUCCAGCUCACCGCCAUCAACCUGCAAAUACAACCGACGGCCGCCCGAGGACUGGUCCAGGACACUAAAGAUAAGCCAACGUCGCUGGUGGUCAGGGAGACGUGUCCAGCCACGCAACAACAACAACAACAGCAACAACAACAACAGCAGCAGCAACAGCUACAACAGCAGCAGUUACAGCAGCUCCAGCAGCAACAACAACAACAGCUUCAGCAACAGCUACAACUGCAGCAGCAACAACAACAACAACAACAACCGGCGCCUUCGCCACCGCAACCCUCCAAGCCCGUGGAGCAGCCCAAGGUCGCCGCAGCCGCUCCGGCCGCCCAGCCACAAGCGGGCACCGGGGCCUCCACCAAGAGGGCGAGCGCCGCGCCGGGGCCCCCGGCUCCGGCCAUGACCUCGGGGACCGAGAGCGAGGCGCCCACCGUGACCGGCAGCGCGCCGCACAACGGGGAGAGCAAGCCGCCGCAGGCCGUCGUCAAGCCCCAGGUCCUCACGCACGUCAUCGAGGGCUUCGUCAUCCAGGAGGGAGCCGAGCCGUUCCCCGUGUGUGUGGAGCGUCUGCCGAUUCUUAUGGACAGCCCGAGGAAGCUGGAUCACCAGCUCUCCUCGGACCCCGACAGAACCCCCGUCAGCAACGCAGCCAACAGCGACUCUGAGCCCGAGGACAUGAACCUGCCGGAAAAAGAGCAAGAGCCCAAGCUGACGUGUGAAUACUGCGGCUGGGUGGACUUCGCCUUCACGUUCAAAGGCUCCAAAAGGUUCUGCUCCAUGGUGUGUGCGAAGAGGUACAACGUCGGCUGCACGAAGCGGAUCGGCCUCUUCCGCCCGGAGAGGAAUAAACCGACGAGCCGCUGGCGGAGAAGAUCUCCGGGCCGCUCCAGCGUAGAGGCGAAGAAGCAGAAGCGGACCCCCUCGCCGCGGCAGGCCCAGGGCGGCUCCGUGUCCUCGCCGCACCCCUCGCAGCCCAGCCAGGAGGAGUCCAGCCCGUGCUCGGACAUGUCCAGCUACGAGGAGCCGCCGUCGUCGCCCCUGUCGGCGGCCAGCUCGGGGGCCCCGGCCCCGCCCCCGGCUCAGGUCCCCGCCCACCGGCAUCCGAGCAGCAGGGCCUCCGAGCGGGACGGCGGCGUCCGAGACGCGCCGUCGCCCUGCCGCCGCUUCGUCCCCAACGACCCCGCCAAGUGGAACGUGGGAGAGGUUUACGACUUCAUCCGCUCGCUGCCAGGUUGUCAGGAGAUCGCGGACGAGUUCCGCUCCCAGGAGAUCGACGGGCAGGCGCUGCUCCUGCUGAAGGAGGACCACCUCAUGAACACCAUGAACAUUAAACUGGGCCCGGCGCUCAAGAUCUUCGCUCGCAUCAACAUGCUCAAAGACUCGUAGCGUUUGGAAGUGCGUGUGUGUGCGUGUGUGUGUGUGUGUGUGUGUGCGUGUGUGUGUGUGUGAGAGAGAAGAACUAAAUUACGACCGCUCCUCAUAAUAAUGCCGACUAUACAUCACAGUCCCGACUGCACGACGGCCACGCCCCCUCCUUUCAGAUCGCACUCUAGACGGCACUCGUAUUCGCCGGCGUCCGCUCCAUGAUGUGAUGAUUGUUCUCUUCAUCUUCUACAGGGCUAAUGGAGGUUGUUGUUGUUGUUGUUGUUGUUCGUAGAGUUGCAGCUCGAGCACCGGAAGCUUUUUAGUCUGCCUUUUUUUUUAAUGACGUGCACUCGCCGCGAGGUCCGUGCCAUAUUCCAAAAUGUCGAUUCUCACAUUGAAGCGAGGGAUCCUAACCCUUCUUCCCGUUUGCUUUGACGAGGAGCAGCUGGCGGGUCGGACCGAGCCGCCGGAUGGAGCUGUUGGCCGUUUGCUGUGUUGUGUGUCAACAGCAGGAAAUCUCACCGUGUAAAAUGUGUGUUUUCUGUUUUGAAAAGUACAAAUAUGGGAAGAUUACAACAACAACAAAAUUUAAAUUAUGUUUACAUGUCGCGACACGGCGGCCAUUUUUCCUCUACUCUUCGAAUAUACAUAUUCAAAAUUAGAAUAUUCGACGGCAGCCCCAAAGUGCACGCACAACACAUUGCAUGGACUGCAGGGCAUUUCUUUUGACCCGAGACGCGCAGGGUCGUGAACUUAUUACGCAUUUUAAGGUCUUCUCGUAACGAGGGCAGAACUUUUUUCGAGAACGAGAGCGCUUAUUAACGCCAGGUGAGGAUGCUACGGCCUUUAUUAAACGUCACCCAGAUUAACACGUCUAGUGGAGACUCCUUGAUUAAAAUCUCGGAUUUCGGCCAGUGUAGGAACAAAUAAAAGCUAAACUAGAACGGGCAUAUCACAAGAUUGGGGAUUGAAUUAUGAACAUUUUGGCAUUAGUUGCAUGCCAAUUGGAUACAAAUUGACGCUAUGGUAAAAAGAAGAUUUUGACCUUUUCGUGACCUUGACAUUUGAACCGAUCGAUCCCAAAAUCUAAUCAAAUGGUCCCUGGAUAAUAACCAAUCAUCCCACUAAAUUGCAUGCGAUUCGGUUUAAUACUUUUUGACUUAUGCGAAUAACACGCACGCAUACAAAUACACGGCGAUCAAAACAUUACCUUCCGCAUUUUCAGCGCGAAGGUAACGAGGCUGAAAGAACGCGUGGAGCCAACGUGCACUACGGCUCGGCUCCGCCUGAAUGAAUCAUGACAUCAUCAGAGGGGUUUUUAGUCUGCGUGAAUGACAGAGAGCCCCUUCUCUCCGUAUAUGUGGCUAGAUUACGCCUUUUCCUCACAGUAAGACUCGCAGCUCUUCGACCCAAAGCACAGUUUCUCCUGCGACGUCCAUCUCACUUUGACGGAGGAACGCUCCAGUUUUUCACCUCUCGAUUUAAACGAUUGAUUUUUUUUUCAAAAGGAUCUACGAGAUGGCGACCUUGAUUUCCCGUCUCCGUUUAACGGGGAGACACUUAAGUUAUCGGAGGGACAGUUUGGGCGCGCCGCACUCUUCGCCCGGCCCGACUUUUGGCACUUAUUUUCCUUUUUAUUUUUAUUUGCUUCGACGUUACGAGACACUCCGCUUGGAGUGAGAGCGGAAAUUGUGCGGCGACGCAAAACGAGUGUAACGCGUACUCAGCGGCUCGGUCCAGACCGGAGCUAAGUGUGAGGCUGUUUUCUUUUUAAGUUAUCCUUUUUAUUUUACAACAGAAAUUUAACUGCGUUGAAUAUUUUCAAAUAUGCAAAUGUGACAUAUCAUCGCCUGGGAGUUGUUUGUUAUUAUAAUAAUUGUGUCUCAUGAAAUAUGUUUAAAUCUAUUUGUGUUUUGUGGCUGUGAUGGAAGAUGAACCUUGUUCUUUUCAGAUUAGGUUUUUUGUCAAAUGCUUGUAUUUAUCAAAACAAGUUUGUUACACAACAUUUUGCAUUUAUAAAUAAUUUGCAAUAGA